AAAUAGGAUUAAAAAGACAGAUGACAGCGGAUGUUAAAUCAAACGCUGAAGAAAAUCGUUCGACAAAGAACACCAUAGAGAUUGUGUACUGAAUACUUUGUGAUGGAACUUCGGGCAGAAGUAGGCUAUGGUUUACUGGCUACACUCAUCACUUUUGUAUUGGCUUGGCCACUUCUAAAAAGUGUUAUUAAAUUUUUGAUUAUCUACUGGUGCGUACCAUGGAGAAACAGCAAAGGAGAGAGAAUGAAGGGCGAGCCGCCAAAGUUACCCUACGGACAAAUCAACCAAGUAAAUUUCUUUGGACGACCAUUGAGUAAGAAGUACGGGCCGGUAUAUUACAUUUGGCACUGCUUGACACCUAUCGUUUUACUAGCCGAUGCAGAGGCUAUUCGCAGUUUCUACACUGAUCACUACUCUCACAAACGAGACAGAGAUUUCACAAGCUUAGGAUGUGUGUGGAAGCAAGUAUUGGGUGACUGCCUGGCAAACAGUCAUGGACGAGAUGAAGUGAAGAGAUGCCGAGGACCUUUCGAAAAGUAUUUCACUUCGAGUAUGGUCAUGAGUGUCCUGCCGAUUAUUGGUCGAGAAUGCAGAUCAUUUAUAGCAAAGGUUCCCAAGAACUCUCCAGUAGACCUCAUGAAAGAAGGCCUGUCAAAAGUAACUCUUCGCGUACUGAUACAAAUAGUUUACGGAGAAGAAGUUCUUCAGAAACACUUCACGAGAAUCCUACAGAUCAGCGAUCAGCUUCAAGACACGGUUGACCUGUUUAACGUUGGUGAGACUAAACUACCAUUUUAUUCCAAACUACCAACUUCAGUUAAUCGACAAGCACAGUCCUUUAACAAAACAUGGGCAGACUUCAACAGGUUUUUGUUUGAGGAGUAUGAAGAGGGACGUCUGAACUCUUCUGGUGACGGGCUGUUCUUCGUCAUGAUGGAGCAGCUGAGGUCUAAUUCCCUUGAAUUAAAAGAGCAAGAGCUGUUUCAUUCAGUAGACGAAAUCCUUCUCCUAAACAUCGAUGUCAGCUUCGCAGCCACUUCAUUUGCACUCGCCGACAUUGCACGUCACAGCGACGUCCAAUCAAAACUAAGAAAUGAAAUAGACGAAGCCCUCGAGGGUCAAGAUCCUUCGAUAUUCCAAGACCUUGAUAAAAGAUUACCUUAUAUGGAAAUGGUGCUGAAGGAAAGUGCCCGGAUGCACCCUGCACUGGCGUUGAGUUUACCAGAAAGAACCGUUAAACCGUUGACGGACAUGGCAGGAUACUUCAUACCACAAGGGACACCAGUGUGCGUCGAUACUCACUCUCUCAACUAUAGCGAAAAAUAUUGGAAGAACCCGGAUGAGUUCAAACCUGAACGUUUCGCCGAAGGCACACGUCAGGUUCCGGGUUCGUACUUCCGGUUUGGUAUGGGACCUAGAAAGUGCCUUGGUUAUCGAUAUGCUUUGGCUAUCACGAGGAUCGUUGUAGCGUCUGUUCUUCAAAAAUACAAAAUUAGUUUGGCCGAUCCUCUUGGAUCUCCUAAGAUCAAAACCAGGGGAAUGCCUUUCUUUACUCCUUAUAUAUGUACAGAUGUGGUGUUUACUGAGAGAUCGUCUUAACAAGCACAGUGCACGCAAAAGACAGACAGACAGGCAGACAAAAACACAGAGAGAAAGAAAGACAGACAGACAGAGACACAGAGAGAAAGACAGACAGACAGACAGAGACAUCGAGAGAAGGAAAGACAGGCAGACAGAUAAAUAGACAAAAGGACAAACAAGCGAACCAAAACUACACAACUUGGUAGGGUAACUGGGAUUACAUAAACUAAAUUCCCUUCUAGAUCCAAUGAGGAUUUAGAAGUUAGUCGACUUUUGCCAACCCGGCGAGGAAAUUUGAGCAAAACAUUUAUAUCUCUUAUCUCUAUUUAAAAAAAAAAAAAAGACUUUAAGAAAGAUAAAAAAUACUGUAAAAAAUCCAGGAAAA